UAUAAAUAUCUUUGUAGCUUCUGUGUAAAUUAAAAGCUAGCUAGGUAAUCGAGGGAAAUGCCGAUUCAUAAUGAGUAGCUUUUUCAUUAUUGUGUCUAGUUUGCUAAGGUGUCUAGUUUUAAAUUCGAUUUUAAAGUUGUAUCUUGCUAGCUAGUAUGCUAGUAGCUAGUUAUUGUAGCUCGGUAACGAGUGGUGUCACUCAGUUGUCAAGACAGUAGCCAGCUAACGUAGCUAGCUAACUCAGCUGUCACAGGGGGUGAAUGAAUGGCCCUUUACUUUCAUUUGGCUUUAGAGCCUGGCCCUGGUAUGAUCUGUCCCCAGUAUUAUUUACGCUGGAAGAAAAAAAUAUUUGUGAAGUAUUACCUUUGAAGAAGUUCUAGCUAGAUACUGCAAAUGCAACCAUUUGAUUACUUGCUAUUCAUCAAGCUAAUUGUUAAUUGAUGCAUGCUGAUUUGAUUAUUUGUAUAUUAACCAGCAUGUGUAAAACAUGCUCUCAUUGUAAUUUGAUUUACUGUAAUGUAUUGCAGUUGUACGUUAGCCCUCUUCUCUCCAUUCUAUACUCCAGGCCUGCCCAUUGGCAGAUGGUAUCCUCAUUCGACUUGGCUUCCUUUGGGAGAGGCUAACUGUGUGGCAGGCAGUAUGUCAAAUGGGAACAAGUCCUGCAUGUUUGGUGAUGUACCCGAUUUUCUAGCCUGCAUCUUUCACACAUUUGAGGAAUGGUCAGGACUAGGACCCCUGGAAGACUAUCUGAGCUAUCUGGAGUACUUGGCCUGGGUGUUCACCCCUCUGGUCGUCGUUUUCAUCCUGCCCUUCCUCAUUGUGAUCUUCCUCUACCUUUCCAUCCUCUUCCUCCAUGUAUACAAACACAAGAACCAGCUCAGGGAGGCCUACUCCAACAACCUUUGGGAUGGUGCUAUAAAAACGCUGGCUACGUUAUGGGAUGGCCACGGGUUCAUAUGGCACGGAUAUGAAAUCCAUGGUAUGGAGAAGAUUCCAGAUGAAGGAGCAGCUCUUAUAGUCUAUUAUCAUGGGGCUAUUCCCAUUGACUAUUAUUACUUUCUGGCAAAUGUCGUCAUUCAAAAGGGACGGAUUGUUCACUCAGUCGCUGAUUACUUUCUGUUCAAAGUUCCAGGGUUCAAGCUGCUGUUGGAGGUGUUCAGUGUGAUCCACGGGCCCCAGGAGGAGUGUGUGAAGGCUCUGAAAAGUGGCCACCUCCUGGGCAUCUCACCUGGAGGCGUGAGGGAGGCCCUCCUCAGUGACGAGACCUAUCCACUGCUCUGGGGGAAGAGAAAAGGCUUUGCACAAGUGGCUAUCGAUUCCAAAGUGCCAAUAAUUCCGAUGUUUACUCAAAACGUCAGGGAAGGAUUCCGAUCUCUCGGAGGGUUAAGCUUUUUCAGAUGGUCGUAUGAAAAGUUCCGCGUGCCGAUGGCCCCUGUCUAUGGGGGUUUUCCUGUGAAGUUUCGUACAUACCUAGGCAACCCCAUCCCAUACGACCCUAACAUUAGUGCAGCAGAAUUAGCUGAAAAGACACAGCAAGCAGUUCAAGCACUCAUUGACAGACACCAAAUAAUUCCUGGGAAUGUCCUUCGAGCAUUACUAGAACGAUUCCACAGCAGGCAUAAAGAAAAAUAAAUAACCUUUUGAAUAGCUUUUUGUUAGUUAAAUGAAGCAGUUACUUGUUUUUAAGACAAACCGUUACAGAGUAUUAUCAUGUGAUCAAUUGAAUGUUUAACUGAUACCUGGUUUCUGUUAUUGAACUAUAUUAGUACUUUUUCCUCUGUUUGUCACAAACCAACAAGUACAGAAGAGAAGGUAAAUUGUAAAGGUGUCAUAUAACAUACAACUGUAAUUAUAAUGGUUAAUGUCAAAUGUACAAAUUGAAGACAUUUGUGCAUUGUUGUAUGAUUCCACAAUUGAUUUGCACACAUUGUUCAAAGUACCACUGGCAACAAUUUCUAUUUAAGAGGCCUUUCUUUUGCUUAAGAACUGCAAAUAAUGGAACAAUAUAGCAAUUGCUAUACAGGGAGCAAUAUAGGUAUGGAGACUGGGCAGUUUUCUUGUCUUUCAUCUGUGUACAAUGUUUGCCUUUUGAUUGAAAUAAUUGUAUAAUUUCAUUAAUUUGGGGAUUUUGUACAUUGUUGUAUUAUGUAGAUAUUUACUGUAGCCUAUGCACUUUUUAAACCUAUUGAGGUCCAUUGUCAGUGUGAUUCAAGUCAGAAAUUAUUUGUAAUGUUACAAUAAAUAUUUUAAUUAUGA